AUGUUGUUCACGGUUGACAUUUUGUCGCGUUGGAAGACAGUACGGAGAAUUUUAGAAGCUCGUAAAAGAAAGGGAAAUAGUAGGAUUUUAAGGAGUAAUGGAUUACUAAGUGAUUUUGAACGAACGUAUGAUGAUGAUGAGUUAACUAGGGCAGGGGAAUCUGUGCGGUCUUUCUCAAUUUUCUCAAAGGGGAAGGUGACGUAUGCCACUGAUGAGUGUAGCAGUAUUUCCGAAAGUAAAGCUCGGAUAAGUGUAGGAAAUACUACAUUGGCUGAAGACUAUGAUGUAGAAUGUCCGAUGGGCUUAGUUCAACUAGAGAAGCUAACUGGUACAUGGCAUGCAGCCGUAGAGCAGGAAGAUAUAGACGUUUCUACGUGUUUCGAACAACUUAGCUUGAACAGCCACGUGUGUGAGGGUUAUAGUGAUAUGUUGCAACAAGCAUCGCUUCGUUUACAAGGCUAUUCAGGAAAUAUCGGAAAAAGUAUUCAGCCGAUAGAAAGUGAAGUGGAGAAAAAACUUGAUAUUCUUGGUGAGAAGUUGGAUCUUCUUAUGCAUGAUGUGCAUAAGAAUGUCAUCGAUGUCGCUCAGGCUGUAACGCGGGCCUCAGAAUAUUUUGACUGGUUUUUUCCUGAGGUAAACAAAAUAAACGGGAAGCUUUCGAAGCAAGGAUACGUUUUGCUAAGGAGGAUUACGAAAGUGUUACUUCAUCUUCAAGACAAUUUGAUUUCCUCGGAUAUUUUCAGUAAUACAAGAUCAGUACUAUUGAAACAUUAUGUGAGUUUUUUGGGUAAGUUGAACGCUGGUAUUCACGCCGCAGAUGUUGAUAGUCAUCUUGGCUUACCUUCAAUUAAUAUUUUCGCAAUAGGAAAUGAGUGCGAUCUUCCCAAUAAGGAAGAGAUAUUUGAAGUCAUGGAUGAGGUAAUUACUUCAGAGAAUGUAACCAUUUUUGACCAGGAUGGCGCCUUUAUUGCACCUGUGCUAAGGGGAUUGACUAAGGAGCUUGCAGUGUUGACUGUUAUGUUUGGAUUUCCGAACGUAACACAACAACAUCAGGAUAUGAUGAGAGUUUUGUACUCCUUUUUUCCUGAUGUGCAUUUUUACUGCAAGAAGGGCCGCAUUACGCCUUGUGCAUCAAAAGUUGCCUAUAAUAUGCUACAAAGGCUGUCGCCGAUGGAAGCCAUAACUUCGAAUACAUCUGACUUUAUUCCUCCCUACAAAUUGCCAACAGACGCUAUGUCGCCGCCAAUUUCUAUGUCACUUUCUACUGAAGAUAGUGUGAAAAUCACAGGUACCUUAGGGGGCUACUUGUACCCGCAAAUCAGCGAAAGCGAUUGUGCCUCAUCAGAAUUUGCGGGGGCCUCUUACGCGGUCACUUGUGCACAUGUUGUCCUAUCGGAAAACCAGGAACAUCCGUAUGUGUCUGUACCGUCUACGGUGCUACAAAAUACCUACAAGAGUGCGCUAAAGGAGGAAUCAGAUAGAUACGCUGAUGGUAGCGUGGAGAAGAGCAGUUUUCUCAGCGAGAUUCUUCGAAUUGAAGAAAAUAUGAGAUGGCAGCAACAGAACAAAUUUGGAAAAGUCGUAUGGGGAGAGCGUACUAUAAUUAACAAUAAGUUGUCCGACUUUGCAAUUAUCAAAGUUAGCCCGAAGUUUCGUUGUCAUAAUCAUCUAGGGGAUGAUCUGGUAGGCAUGCCAGAUCUGUCGUUGCGGUUUAAGAAUUUAUACGUGAAAAGGAAGAUAAUUAAUAUACUACCGGGUAUGGAAGUCUUCAAGAUAGGUGCAUCAUCAAAAUACACUUCGGGGAACGUUAAUGGUUUGAAAAUGGUGUAUUGGGCUGACGGGAAAAUACAAAGCAGCGAGUUUGUAGUAUCGUCUAAACAACCCCUUUUUGCAACAGGAGGUGAUUCAGGUUCAUGGAUCUUAACGAAACUCGAAGAUGAGCUGGGUCUCGGAGUAGUCGGUAUGUUACACAGUUAUGACGGGGAACAGAAGCAGAUCGGACUAUUCACCGCCAUAACCGAUAUUCUACGAAGACUACAUCAAGUUACGGGAGUUCAGUGGAACAUAAACCAGCCUUCGGAUUUAAUUUUUUAA